AUGGUAAGUUUCUUUCUGGUUGGACAUGUUGAGGUGAUUGGUGACAAGGGUUUUAGAAACGAAGUCUCUGGAUUGGAGACUAAUUCCAUUGAUCUUGAGUCUGCAAUUAAAAAGGAUUUCCAGGUGAAAGGUGUCAACGAAGAAGUGAAUAUUAAAAGAGAAACAAAUGGGAAUCAUCUUGAAGUGGAGAACGAAGUUGAACCCAUAUGUGGAGUCAACAUUAACACUCCAGACACGAUUAUUGAUGAUUUACAAAACAAAAGUGCUGAAAACCAGAAAAAGAAAAUAAAGGAGCUCCUGAAUAGGAGACUUGACUCUUUAAAAGAUAAUGUUUUAAAAGCUGAAGUGGCUGCGUUAGUAAUAGGAAAAAUAUAUGAUGAAGAAUACGAAAAGGGAAAAGAAGUACGAGCUCGAUUCCAAGUUGCAGAAGAAGUCUGCCAACAAGCUUAUACACUUUUUUAUAGUUUGAAGAAACGUUUAUAUGACAAGAAAAAACUUUUCUAUAUGUACAAAGAAGAUGCGACUGCAGCAAGGAAUUUUGCAUCCGGUGGAGAUAAAGUUGCAUUUCAUCACCCCUGUGUUAAUCAGGUGGAAAAAAUAUUGGAAGAAUCCAACUCAAAUGAAGAAUUUAGGAAAGACUACAUUAGCAGGACCACACCAAGUACACUUGUUGAAACUUCGUUUGAGAGUCAUAUGAAUGAAAGAAUUGCUGUGAAAGCAGUUCCUAUCUCAAGUAAAUUGGAAUCCACUUCAGUAGUUUCAAAAGUUGAACUAGGAAAAAAGACAGUUUCAUGUGUGAGUGAUAUCAGCAAAAGAACUGCUACGAAUUCAGUUCCUAUCUCAAGUGAAACCGAAUCCGUUUUAUUGUUUUCAAAAGUAGAACAAAGGAAAAAAGACGACUUCAACCCCUGAGAACCAAACUAUCUGGAAAGUGACUAGAAAGGCUAAUCGUAUAAUGAAAACCACAAAACCUGUUAAAUUUGUAGUAAGAGAUAAGUUCGUUUGUUUGAGUGAGAUAGUGGAGGAUGAAAAAAUGGAAAAAACUAUGGUGGAGGUUGAUAAGAAGGAAGAUGAACUAAGUAAAAAAGAGAUCGAAUGCAAUUUGAAAGAGCAAGUGCGGUUGGAGGAAAAGAGAAAAAUGAACUGAGGCAAUCGAGAGGAAGACACGAAAUGCUGAAAAUGCCCAAAAACGGGCUGAGUUGCGAGCUCAAAAGGAAGCCAAGCAGAGACAGAAGGUAACUUUUAAAUGUCUUUUUAUCAUUUUAUUUUUCUUUGCAUUAUAGAAAAGGUUUUG